CUAGGUACUACCAAGUCUCCAGGAGUUUUUUAUGGCAUUUGUUAUUCCUUUGAAUAAGUAAUUGGUGCCAGGAUGUGGCUCCAUGAUUAGUUGCUACUUUGUAGGGAAUUUGUUAUUUUCUUGCUUAUAUAUUAGAAAUCUGGGCAGAUGAAUAAUACACUGAAAACCAUUUGCUCCAAACAAUUUCUUCCUUUCUGUUUUUUGUUUUAAACAAUUAAUUCCAACAUUUGGUAUCAGAGCGCCGGGUGAUUCGUGGUGGAAAUCCGAAAUGGGCAAGCAUGGAGUAUCAACCCCAAUGAAGGACGCAGGCUCUGGUGGGAGUCCAUCCUCGAUGGGAACACCAGUGAAGGAAGGUAACUUGACGUUACAGUAUCCGGUGUUAACCAACUCAAACUACCCUAUGUGGGUGGUGAAAAUGAAGGCCAAUAUGCGUGCUCAAGGUGUGUGGAGCGAUAUUGUUCCGACGGCAGAAGGCGAGGUUGAAGAACGCAAGGACCAAGCAGCUCUUGCAAUCAUUUUCGGAGCGGUUGAUGAUGAGAGCUUCAUGCAUAUUUCCGCCAAAGAGACGGCGAGAGAGGCCUGGGAAACACUCCGAACGGUGUAUCUCGGAGACGAGCGGGUGAAGGAAGUGAAACUUCAGACUCUACGGUUCGAGUUUGAAGGACUUCGGAUGACAGAGUCAGACACGGUGGAUAGCUUUGGUGCGAAGGUGACUAACCUGGUCAGCCAGAUCAGGGCUCUUGGCGACAAAUUAGAGGAGUCUCAAGUCGUCAGGAGGGUGCUGCGAUCACUGCCAGAGAAGUUCGCGCACCUAGAGGCAACCAUCGAGGAGUAUGGUGGCCUCGAGAAAAAGAAAUUGGAGCAAGUCUUUGGUUCCCUUAAGGCGCAUGAGGAGCGCCUACAAGCUUAUGCACCACGUCAAGAUCAACAGUUUGAAGUUCCGUUAUUUGAUGGAAGAGCGGACUUCAUGUUGUGGCAAUGCACGAUUCAAGACUAUCUGGUCCAGCAAGGUCUUGAUUUAGCAUUGCAAGAUGAGAAGCCAAGUGAUAUGAAAGAAUCAGAGUGGAGUACAAUCCAGAAGAAGGCUGUCAGCACAAUUCGGUUGGCAUUGUCCCCACAGAUUAAAGUGACAGUGCUGAAAGAGACAUCACCAAAGAAGCUGUGGGAAACGUUGGAGAGCAAGUUUGCGUCGAAGACACUUACUAACCGGUUGAUGAUGAGGAUGGACUUGUACUCACUGAAGAUGGAAGAGGGAGGUAGCGUAAUUGAUCACAUCAACAAGUUUAAUGAGCAAGUAUCAAGGCUGUUAAAUGCAGGGGAGACUAUCAAGGAUGAAGAGCAAGGGCUGCUUCUACUGGCUUCACUACCAAAAUCCUUUAAGCCGUUUGUGCAGUCAAUGAUAGCAGGAAGGACUACACUGCGACUAGAUGAGGUGACGACUGCCUUGAAGGAGAGUCAAAGGAUGAUGGGAGAUAAGAGUACUGCUGGACAGAAGAUUCUGUAGGAUGGGAGUAUCGCUGCAGAAAUCGCAAAUGAUGUAGGACUUUGAAUUAAGGGGAGAUUUGUUGAGUGUUACUUCAAAGUCCCACAUCGGUGGGAUAGGAAAAUUGAGGAGGGAUUGGAGCCUAUAAAUAAAGAGGAGAUAU